UGGUUCUUGCAGACGAACAAAGCAAAAGAAAAAAAAAAACGUUCAUCUCUCGUCCAGAGGCUCACUUUGCUCCGCUACCGCUACACAGAAGCGCUGGAGAGAAUGGCUUCGGGAGGGAACCAACGGGAAGAAGAAGGCGUUGCCAAAGAUGGAACGGAGGCCGGCACGAAAGGAGGUGAGCAUGGAGGUGAGCAUUUGGAUUUAGAGGCGGAGCCGCUCAACGUGAGGAUUCGACAUUCUCUCGAGGACACCUUCAACCAGUCGGUGCAAGCCGUGAAGGACGCAGUGAUCGGUGCCGAGGUGGACGACUCUGGUGACAACGAGAAGCAGCAGACCCGGCAGGAUUUACCAAAGGAACCCGACUCCAAAUCGCUGCUCCAGUCGGUGGAAGACUCCUUCAACCAGUCGGUGCAAGCCGUGAAGGACGCAGUGAUCGGUGCCGACGUGGACGACGUUGAGAAGCAGCAGCCACAGCAGGAUCUACCAAAGGGGCCCGACUCCAAAACGAUGCUCCAGUCGGUGGAAGACACCAUCGCCCACUCGGUCCAGUCGGUGGAAGAGACGAUCGUUCAGUCGGUCCAGACGGUGAAAGAGGCUGUGAAUGCCGCUGCCGAGGCCGCCGCUGCUCCAGCUUCCUCGGAUGAUCUCAGGAGGAAAAACGCCGUGACAGUGGAAGACGAGGCGGCCAUUUUGGUCCAUUCUGUAGUCCAGGACUAGGAUAAAAACGAAGAAGCAAUGCUUUGAUAUGAUAGAAGUUCCUUGUUUGUAAAUACGAUGGCAUUUCUCGUUC